AUGGAGUCUCUCCCGAAAGGCUUGGUGUCGACAACGAGGAAAGUGCCGUCGGAGCUGGACGACAGGAAUAUCGUGGAUACAAGCGAUGUUAGGCGACUGUGGAAAGAUGUUGCAGUAUACAACACGCACCCCUCGGUCCAUGAAGGCGACAUUGGAUACCGACUGGAGAACUUCUUCUGGAGGAUUUGGAGUAGCGAUCGACUUCGCGGCUCGUUGGACGGAUCCACGUUGGCCAAACUGUUUCAACAAAUAUCCGAGUCUAAUCCAGUAUCGAGCUUUGCCCUUCAGCAGUUGAAGAAAGAAAGAGCGUCUCCUGCUGGAAGAGGAAGCGACGAGAAACUGCAAGGGACGCCGGGCAAUAGCGCCAGGAGAGCGCCUCUACAGCCCAUCUUGAAAAAAUCAAGUGCGCCCUCGGGGGACACACACAAAACAACUCGGUUACUCCUUACCGGUCUAGAAGGCCAGAGCAUUACGCGCAAACCAUCCAACCCCCCAACUCCAGUUCCACAAUCACAGCCUCUGAUGGGAGAAUUUGAUCGACCUGUUCCGAAGCCUAAGACCGUUUUUGUAAAAGGGAAGAAUACCAAGCGUCGACCGGUGAUCAUGCGACGCAAAUCAUCACAGACAUCUUCCGGUGCAAGUACCCGUACCCAAAGCCCACAACGCACUGCGAAACUACUGACCCUGGGAGCUCGGACAACACCAUCCAAACAGGAAGAAUCUAGUGAUUCUGAGGCUGAGGCAGUGCACAUAGAGCAUGUCGUACCUCGCGAAAAGAGCAGUGAUACAACCGACAAGCCACCAGAGCUGCCACCCGAGUUUCUACUCAACCUAAAGGAAAUCCUCACCAAUAAAGGGCCAGACCCACAGAGUACCAAACCGACGCCCCCCAAAUGGGGCUUUGUUACCACGGACGAUUGGACCCACUACGAUGUAAGAUAUCUAUCGGAGGAGAACUAUGAACAGCCGUCAUCAGAGUCGCUGGUUGAUAAGGGCUUUCGUUCCCGCUUCACGGAGCAAGUUGGCUUGGAAAAAGAGUAUCUGGCCAAGUCCGUGGGAGCGAGCUCGAAAGACGGACUACUCCAGUUUCUUCAGUCUAGAUCUUUUGAAUUCAAGGCCAGUGAUGCAUCUCAUGCCCAGUCGGACUCGACUCCUUGGUCGCGCGACAUUUGGAGGCUUCCCAACUCUAUUGACACCCUUCUCACUGACGCGCGGACGCAGCCAGCUUAG